UAGCCGUGUGGCGCCUAUAUAAGAAUUGAGAUGACAGCUACAAUUUAUUGAUAAAUAUUGUUUAGUUGGGACUGCAACGGAAAUCCAAGAUGGCUGCUAAAGUUAAGACUCCGGUGUCUAUGAUAGACCCCUCGCAACUUCUGCGUCCGGAACCAAGUUUCAAUGACAAGCCGCUCGAAGCAUUCCGUGACUACAGCAUCGAUGACAACGAUCCCAUCAAAGAGCGCGUGCGCAGGACAUACUAUACCAUGCACACUAACGUAACGGUGGACCUUGUUAAAGAAAAACGUGAAAAAUGGCUCAAAUUCAAUCACUUCAAAUCAACGAUAAAGGAUGCUCUUAUCAAGUUGAACGAGCUGGUGGACGAAUCUGACCCUGACACCGAUUUGCCCAACAUAGUACACGCCUUCCAAACCGCCGAGAGGAUCAGACAGGACCACCCUGAUGAUGACUGGUUUCAUCUCACGGGACUCAUACACGAUUUGGGCAAGGUGAUGGCCUUUUACGGCGAGCCUCAAUGGUGCGUGGUGGGUGACACUUUCCCCGUCGGAUGCAAGUGGGCUGACUCCAUCGUCUACGGCCAUGAGAGUUUCAAAGACAACCCUGAUACCUACAAUCCAAAAUAUAAUACAAAGUACGGUAUGUACGAGCCUCAUUGCGGACUGGACAAUCUUCUAAUAUCCUGGAGCCACGAUGAGUACCUGUACCAGUUCCUGCUGCACAACAAGUCGAAGCUACCGGAGAAGGCGCUUUACAUGAUCAGGUACCACUCCCUGUACCCGUGGCACGCAGGUGGCGAUUACCGCCACCUCACCAACGAAAAGGAUGAACAAAUAUUAAAAUGGGUGCUAGAAUUCAAUAAAUAUGACCUCUACACUAAAAGCGAAAAGAUGCCCGACAUCGAAGCUCUGUGGCCAUACUACGAAAGUCUCAUCGAGAAAUAUAUUCCAGGCGUUUGCGAGUGGUGAUUUUAAUCCUGAUAAAUUUAGAAACCGUGUAUUAUUUACAAGUAUUAUAGUAGUUAUGAUUAUUUAACUUGAACGUAUUAUUUUUAUAACGUCAACUAUACUAUGUUUAAAGGUUGUUUUUUAUAGUACAAAAUGAAUAUAAUUCGCAUUAAGUAAAA